AUGGCCAUCUCCUGUAGCACAGUCUGUCUCAGGAUCUCACUUGUCGUCUACAGCAUCAUCACCAUUGGCUGUGCUCAAGCACUCGACGAUGCACUCAAGAGUUACACCUGGGCUAUCGGCAUCUCUGUGGUCUUACUCUGCCUCAUCGAAAUCGUGGCUGUUGUCAGCGCCUUUCGUCUCGCUCGAAAGCAGAGAGAAGCUGCUUAA